AAUAAUGUAAUGAGUAAACGCUAUCAGUUUUUCGCUAUCAAAAACUCAAAAACAAUGUUAUAUUAUGAAUUUAAUGUUAUUCUUGUGAUGGAUAGUUUAUAAGGUGCAACUGAAAAGAACUUUAUGCUGUAAAUCUACAUCGAAUGACAGUGUUUUCCUCUGGCUAUAUCCAUAAGAAAGAUCCAGAAAAGGGUUUCGUUUCUUCGGGUUGGUUCUGCACAUGUGAAUGUUGUAAUGUGGUCCCUCGAUCGAGCCAAGUAGUUUCCAAUUGAACGGACCAUCUUCGCAGCAAUGGAUAGCAACGUAUCCGAUUUUUACUCUAACGCAACCGAAAACUACAACAGUGAAUUUUCGGUUUACUCCAUGACAUUCAUCUUUCAACAGGUGGUCCUUGCGAUAGUUUGCUGCGUGGGUUUGUUGGGAAACACUCUGGUCAUCUAUGUGGUAUUGAAAUUUUCGAAAAUGCAGACGGUCACCAACAUGUACAUCGUCAAUUUAGCCAUUGCCGAUGAGUGUUUUUUGAUUGGAGUCCCUUUCAUCAUAGUGACGUCGAUCAAAAAAUCUUGGAUUUUUGGCGGUGUAAUGUGCAAGGCGUACAUGAUUUUAACAAGCAUCAAUCAGUACGCCAGUAGUAUAUUCCUGUUUAUAAUGAGUGCAGACAGAUAUGUAGCAGUAUGUCACCCUAUUUCAUCCCCUAAAUGGCGAACUCCUAUCAUUUCAAGAAUAGUCUCGUUGUGUGCGUGGAUUUGUAGCAUCACCCUGAUAAGUCCCAUCCUCAUUUACUCCACGGAAACCGAGCAAAGGAACGGUAGAAACGGCCUAAAUGUUACAGCAAAGACAUGCCAAAUAGUAUGGUCAACGGACAACUCAACUGAAGAAAAUUUCGAAGAGCAGACUCUUUCAAUGGCCGCCAUGUUUAUUUUGUAUACCUUUGUGUUCAGUUUCGCCAUACCCUUAUGCCUUAUUUCAGUGUUUUAUUGCCUAGUCAUCCAGAAAUUAAGAAACGUUGGUCCAAAAAACAAAUCCAAAGAAAAACGAAGAUCUCAUAGAAAAGUAACGAACCUCGUUCUUACUGUAGUCACUGUCUACGUGUUAUGUUGGUUGCCAUAUUGGAUUUUACAGUUAGCAAUGAUCGCAUCUCAGAAAGAACCCUCUCAUUUUGUGGUUACGCUUAAUUUACUUGCUUCGUGUCUAUCAUAUUCCAAUUCUGCGGUUAAUCCAAUCCUUUACGCCUUUUUGAGCGACAAUUUCAAAAAGAGUUUCCUCAAAGCAUGCACGUGUGCAGCGGGAAAAGAAAUAAAUGCAACUCUACAGUUAGAGAACAGCGUUUUUCCGAGAAAAUCGAAACUUGGAACGGACAAGUUUCGACCCUCUCGUGCUACGUCAAUUUGUCCGACUAAUGGAGAAGACUGCGAUGUUGGUCUUCUCGUUAGUAAAACGGAUGCCUCUACAUCAAAGACAAAUGUAACCUUCACAACGGAAAAUAAAACGAAGGAUACCAUUGUAAGAAAUGGUAUACCUUCCACACCAAACUCAGCUACAAAUUUAUAAAUGGCAUUGACGUUAGAGAAAUAAAAAUGAGAUAUAAAGUGAUAUCAUUUUCCACUAACUGUGUAAUUGAAAGAUUUCUCGAGAUGAAACCGGGUUAGCUCUCGGCAUAUUGUCAAAGAACACAAAACAAGUUCUUCACCAAUAACUAUUACGUAUUUACCAUACUUUGUACUAUCUUCCGCAAAUGAUAUACAGUGGAAUCCGUUUAUUAUGACUCCGCCUAUAUUGACCAACCGCUUAAUAUGAAGUAAUUGCAGUGUUAAGUUUGGUUUUCAGAUUAAAUCCUCUACACGAAAGUUUGGAAACAAUGACUCCUUUUAAAAUGACAUAUCGUUUAUUAUGACUGAUUCUCAAGAAUCCGGCUAUAGUGACCCAAACGAUUAAUAAUAACA